UGUUUUUGAAAGACUAUGAAAAUUAUGUUUUGGAGCAUUCAUUGUGCAAGACAUGUCCCACGUCUGUUGUUAGUUCAGUUUGUUAUUAUAACAAUGAUAAUCAGAUGAUAUGUGAUUGAUUUCAAAUAUCUUAUAUAUUUGGCCUAGUCAUAGAUUACAGAUAUAGCUGAUGUAUCUGAAAAAAUGAUCAUCACAGGCCGAAAGUUUAACAAAAGUUUUAUACUUUUUAUGAAGGCAUUGCUUAUAGGUGCUGGUUUUCAACUUCUGUUGUAUGUUUAUGUUGCAAAUUUCACCAAAAAGGAUUAUAUUUCAACGGAAAACCAUUAUUCUGUUGGAUCUGAAUAUAGAAUGGAAGUUUGUACUGAAAAAAGGAAUUUUGUAUUUAUAAAGUGUAUGAAAUGUGCUACGGAGACAAUGGCAACCAUCAUUAGGAGAUUUGGAUACAAACGUGUGCUUAACUUUGUCUUACCUGUUAAAAAUAAUAUUUAUCUUGGCUGGCCAUACAUCAUAGAGAAAAGUGACUAUAGGCCAUCAAAAUGGCCAUAUAAUAUAAUCUUUGAGCAUUCUGUAUAUAACUACAGUGUUAUGUCAGCUUUAAUGCCUAAUGAUACAGUGUACUUCACAUCAAUAAGGGAACCAUGGAGUAGGCUUGUGUCUUCGUUUCAGUAUUUUCACAUAGGGGAUAUAGCUGAUGUGCCUGCAAAUAAUUUCACAGAAUAUGUUAGAAACAUUGAAAAAUACGAUAAAGUAUUCUCAGAUCCUAUAAAACAUAAAUUUCGAGGUUGUAUUCCAGAUAAGUUUUCUCUAGUUCAGAACCUACAAGGACAUUGUUUGGGCAUGCCACUUGGUUUUCCUGAAAGGAGGAGGGAUAUUUCUAAAAAUUUGACUGCGAUAAAAGAGUAUAUCAAUCAUAUAGAAAAACAAUUUUCUUUGGUCAUGAUAGUUGAAUACAUGUAUGAAUCAUUGAUACUUUUGAAGAGAAUGAUGUGCUGGUCGUUACAAGACAUUCUCCAUCAUGUCAGCAAUGUAUUAGGUGUCAAACAAAACUAUAUAAAGGGAGAUAAUUAUAACAUGUAUAAAAAUUACAGUCACGUAGAUUUUAUAAUUUACGAUCAUUUUAAUGCAACAUUUUGGAGAAAAGUGAAUGGACAGGGUCAAGAUUUCUUUGAUGAAUUGGACCACUUUAAAUUGAUACAAAUGUUAAUUAAUCAAUUCUGUUUUGUUGAAGGAAAUACUAAACCAAAUGGCAAAUUUCUGACGAUUCCAAAAUCCAGAUUUAAUGGUGAAUUUAUUUUCACAUCAGAUGAAUGUGGUCUUAUGAGUAGAUAUUUACUCAUUGAUUUGAGGGAACAGUAUGAUAGAGUAGAACAACCAAAGAAAAAAGAUAUAACAGGCGAAUGGGAAGAACCUCCUCGAGGAUGUUCUUAUCCUAUACCUGAACAUUAAAAUAAAAUUUAUAAGAUAAUAUUCAUCUUCAUCAUUUUCUGUUACUUGUGACUUAAGUUGAAUUGGUACUUACUUGUUAUAGCUUUUAGGAGGGUCAGAUUGAGUUUUAUUUAUCACUUUGUGUUGUCAUCUUGUAUAUUAACUUUUUUUUUUAACUCUUUGCACCUGAACCCACUAAAUUGAAUCCAAGCUAGGCUGUACAAAUUUCUAGAGUGUGAAGCCUUCAAAGCUAAACUCAUGACACAAAAUCAGAAGCAAAAGCACAGCACUUUUAUUUCUGUUCAUCGUCUCAUCUCAAUGUCACAAUGAGGCCUUCAGCAUGGAGCAAGAACUCUCAACACACUGUAAGUUCAAGACAGCUCCUAGUACCACAAAGAAAAUAUGAACUGAUACUGAAAGUUUAUACAUCUCACUAUUUGUUACAAUCAGUAUUUGGGAUGAUGAUGUCAAGUAUGUAGCUUCAUUUAAAGCAUCAUGUCUUAAGUAAAUAUAGUCAUUACUGUUAGAAACACAAUCUGGUGGUGUUUUUGCUCUUUUGAUUCAUGGUUUAGUAAUCUUGUAAGAGUUGUAUAUUAUAAAACUUUUAAUGCUAAUUCAGGGAAGCUGGUUUAUAGGGUACCAUAUCUAGUUAGUUGAGACGGAUUACUUUAUUCCAACAUACAAUCGUUUCCAGUGCCCAAUUUUUCCUAUCGAAGGUCGUGGUUUUCUCCGGGGCACUUCGGCUUCCUGCCCUUCAUCAGGGUGGGCCAACUUUGUAGAACCUAAAUAUUGGAUUGAUUAUUAAUUUUUUCUUGUCCUGAAUAUGGAUCCAAUAGUUUCCACUGGAUGUUAAACAAACAACAAUUAAUCAAUUAGAAUUGUCUUGUAAUAGAUGAAUUCAGCUUAUCUAUGGAAUUAUGACUUUCCAAUUUUCCUAGAUAAAUUAUUUAUAUUACUCAUGCAACUCCACCCAGGUACAGAAUCUCUGAGUAGCUGUAAAGUUAGCAUUAUUAUUUAUACUUGAUUCAU